UACUGGAUACCAGUGUAUUUACUAUUCACCUGAAAACACAGCCAAGGCAAAAGAAGUUCUCAGCAACAUCAAUCACCUACAACCUCUCAUAUCAAGCCAUGCAGACCUGCUGCUUAAUUCUGCAAGCCAGCAUUCUCCAGACAGCUUGAAGAAUUCUUUAAAGAUGCUUUCAGAAAAAACAGAGUUAUUUGUGCAUGCAUUUAAGGAUCAGCUGGUCAGAAGUGCCCUUUUAGCACUAUACACAGCCCGGCCUGGCUGCGUCCUCAAGAAACCAGCUGUGCCUAGAACCAGUGCAGAAGAUGGGGGUGAUUUACAGCAUCAGGAUCAUCCUUCUCAGAUUAAAAGACAGGACUCCAUACCCCAUCAUUCUGAGUAUGAUGAAGAAGAGUGGAGUAACCCAUGUAAUAAAAUAGAGGGUGUGUUAAAUUAUCCAAAAGAGGUUGUCAAGUACUAUGGCAAAACUGGCAGUAGCACACGAAAUUUGAUUUGGCAAGGCUUUGAAUGUCGAUCUUACUUUAUUAUUUCGAAUAGACAAACUGCUUGGUUCCUUGUGACUGGACCUGAACUUUGCAUGCAUUUUCAUGGAGAACUGCUUGAAAAAGAUGACAUCAGCAACAUUAAAGAGGGUGAAAAUGACCCUUCAGCAGCAGAUUGCAAGGUGUUGCAUACAGGUGGUGACUGGUAUGAACAGCUUUAUCCCCUGGUGAUUACGCUGAAGGACUGCAUGGGAGAGGUGGUGACCAGGGCGAAGCAAUCGAUGGCGUUUGUUCUGCUCCAGGAACUUGCCUGUGGUUUGCCACAAUGUUUGAUGCUGACCCUAAGAAGAGACAUCGUCUUUAGUCAAGCACUUGCUGGAUUGGUCUGUGGGUUUAUAAUCAAAUUACACACAAGUUUACAUGAUCAAGGAUUUUUACAACAGCUUCAUACUGUUGGAUUACUUGUGCAAUAUGAAGGACUCCUUAGUACGUAUAGUGAAGAAGCAGGGAUGCUAGAAGACAUGGCUGUGGGAAUUUCAGAUUUGCAGAAAGUGAUGUUUAAAGUCAUUGAAGCCAAAUCAGAAGAUUUUUUGCCUAUUAUAACUGGAAGGCGUGAACAUUACAUUAUAGAGGUCCAGCUUCCAGCAAAGAUGUUUGAGUUGCUGCCACAAGAGAUUAAAGAAGGAAAGCUACUUCGCAUGUAUCCAGUACUCUUUAAUGUUGGAAUCAAUGAACAGCAAACACUUGCAGAGAGGUUUGGAGAUACCACUUUGCAGGAAAACAUCAACCAGGAAAACUUAGAACUUCUAAAAGAGUAUUACAAGCUGUUUACAGAAAAAAUGCCUCCUGAUUGUCUACCACAUUUUCAAGAACAAAAUGAUUUAAAGGGAUUGCUAGAAAAUCUCCAUCAAAAUAUCCAGGCCAAAAAGAGAAAGAAUGUAGAAAUCAUGUGGCUCGCUGCGACGAUUUGCCGUAAGCUGAACGGAGUCCGUUUCACCUGCUGCAAAAGUGCCAAAGACCGGACAUCCAUGUCAGUGACGCUGGAGCAGUGCUCCAUCUUGAGGGACGAGCAUCAGCUUCACAAAGACUUCUUUAUUCGGGCGCUGGAUUGUAUGAGAAGAGAAGGAUGCCGCAUAGAGAAUGUACAGAAGAAUGUCAAAUGCAGAAAGUAUGCAUUCAACAUGAUACAGCUGAUGGCUUUCCCAAAGUACUACAGACCUCCAGAAGGGACAUAUGGAAAAGCUGACACCUAA